AGUGUGAAAUUUAUAAUGAUGGACCGAUGGGUGACUAGCAGAAAAGUUGCUUCGUUGUCGGAGUGUUGAACAGCCACUGAACUGGGGGAAAAAAUGCAGGCGUUUCUAUCAACACCAAAUACAGCAAAAACCUGUUACUCCAAUCACACAAGAUUAAUACACAACAAUCAAUAUCUCACCUCUAGAAAUUUCCGUUUGCCCCUUUCACCAUCCCCUAAAUCACUUCACUUCUCAAACUCCCAUUCACCAAUUCUUGUUUUGAAUCAAAAACCCAAACCCAUUUCCCAAAUAUCGAGCAGGUCAAUACGUGGACCUCUUCUGUGUGCAAAUUCGUCAAAUGCCAUUACUGCAGAUGAUAAUAACAGCAAGAAAAGCUUCGGGGAUUGGAUCCAAACUGUUGGGGAGGCCAUUUCUGUCUUGUUUCCUUUAUGGGUAGCUUUGGGUUGCUUAAUUGGGCUGUUCAAACCCAAUUCCUAUAAUUGGGUCAAACCCCAAUGGACCGUGAUGGGUAUUACUCUUACGAUGCUUGGGAUGGGAAUGACUCUUACUUUUGAUGACCUUCGUUCUGCUUUAGCUAUGCCUAAACAGUUAUUCUGCGGUUUCGUCCUUCAGUACUCGGUAAUGCCUUUAUCAGGAUAUUUUAUUAGUAAGCUGUUAAAUUUGCCAUCCCAUUAUGCAGCAGGCUUGAUAUUGGUUGGCUGCUGUCCUGGAGGGACGGCAAGUAACAUUGUCACUUACAUUGCACGUGGAAAUGUGGCGCUUUCAGUAUUGAUGACUGCUGCAAGUACCCUAUCUGCCGUGGUGAUGACCCCUUUCCUAACAGAGAAACUUGCAGGGCAAUUUGUUGCAGUAGAUGCAGCUGGACUUUUCAUGUCCACUUUGCAGGUGGUUCUUCUUCCUGUCUUAGCUGGUGCAUUUCUGAAUCAGUAUUUCAAAGGCCUUGUCAAAAUUGUGUCUCCAUUGAUGCCCCCUAUUGCUGUAGCAACUGUUGCAGUUCUUUGUGGAAAUGCAAUUGCGCAGAGUUCUUCUGCAAUCCUCAUGUCAGGUCAACAGGUCGUCUUAGCUGCUGCUCUUCUUCAUGCAUCUGGUUUCUUCUUUGGCUACGUACUCUCAAGGAUGCUCGGGGUUGAUGUAUCAUCCUCAAGGACAAUAUCUAUUGAAGUCGGCAUGCAGAACUCAGUUCUUGGAGUAGUUCUUGCCACUCAGCACUUUGGUAAUCCCCUUACUGCAGUACCAUGUGCAGUUUCUAGUGUUUGUCACUCAAUAUUUGGCAGUGCCUUGGCUGGUAUCUGGAGGCGCUCUGUUCCCGAUCAAGUGCAGCACUGAGUCACUCUCUUGGUGUAUCUUGGCAAUUGUUCUGAGAUUGUAGCGUUCUUUUUUCUACACUGCAUUGCAAAGUGAUACAUCAAGCUUGUUAGUCAUUAGAAGUCCCUAGUGUUGAUGUCUGGUUAAUCACCAUUGAUAUUCGAUACCAACAACAUUUUUAUUUUUUUGGUGGUGAUUUCAAGGUGUUCCAGCUAACUUUUGAAUUCUGGGAACUUCUAAAACUGCUUCGAUAAGAAAAAUUGAUCAAUUACGCUGGAAGUACCUAUGGUUAUAA